AUGCCGCAGCUUCAAAAACGUAAUAUCGUCGACAGACUGAAGGCCCACCGCCAGGAACGCAAGGGGGUGUCAAGACGCUUUCGCCCGUGGAGAGCUAGACGUCGAUCCAACUUGAGAUGGAGACGCUCCGAACGAGAUCUACUGCCCAAGUUGUCGCAACGGGGUCGUCAUAGUCUACUGGUCGAGUCUCGUCGUUGCCGCUCCAUCUCCAAGAUGCAACCUCGUCAACCACCAUCGAAAUCGACCGACGAACCGCUACACUUCUCCUUCUCUGGUGGUGGUUGGCUCAUGGUCUACAUGUACGGCGUGUGCAAGGCUCUGCGUGAGCAGAAGGUGGAUGAGAACGCCAAGUUCAUCGGGACUUCAGCUGGCUGUCUCUCCGUCGUAUCACUGGUUUUGAACUCGGACUUUGACAAGAUCUGUGACUCCGUGGUCAACGACUACGUGCCUUCAGCGCACGCGAGCUGGAAAGGUCCGUUCAAGAUGCGCGACUACCUCAUCGACGCCAUCACACGACACGGGAACGUCAACAACAUGGACAAACUUCAUGGUAAAGUCACGGUAGUGUACACAUCGUUGUCAGCUUGGGUUACACGUCGUGUGUCGCACUUUAAGAACCCGUUGCACCUGCUGCAGACGAUGGUGGCCUCGUGUUGUGCUACCCCUCUAGUGGGGUUCCCAUUCGUGCAUGAAGGAGAGUAUGUCAUCGACGGAGGCUUGCUGGACAACCAGCCUCUGUUUGACGACGAUGUUCGCACGAUCACCGUGACCCCAAAUGUCUUCGCGAAAGCAGACAUCCGUCCGUCGCGCUACGUGCCUCCGUGGUGGUCCAUGUACCCGCCGUCGCAGCGUGAUAUGCAGUGGCUGUACGAUCUCGGCUAUGAGGACGGAUUGUCUUGGUGUAAACGUGAAGGUUUGCCCGGAUCGGAGAGCAUUGUGAUCCCUACAAAAGCUGCAGAGUACGACGGGGAGUGGAAGACGGUCAUCGGACAGGUGGCGGGCUACAGGUCGAUUGAAGACUUGGUACUGGCUGCUGCGGAGCUGUUGCUGCUGUCCGAGGACUCUAUCACCUGUAACUUCGUCCGACUAGAGAUAGUGUUGUGGAAGGUGGUUGCUGUCGCUGUAGCUGUGCUGGACCGCAUGACUGUCCUUUGGACUGUGUUGGUUGUUAGUGCGUUAUUGGCGUUGGUUCUACUGGGUCAGCACUACACGAUCGAGUUCACUCUCGUGCUUGGAGGUCACUUGAUCUUGGCACUGGUGAAGGUUAAGGACGCGUGCGCUCAUGUUCACUUAUUGGAGGAGUGGCGUGUGCUCCAGGGAGCCGUCCUCGCGACGGAGAAGCAAGGGCGUCUCAACAAACACGGACUCACUCCGAAGCAACAUGAGCUGCUGACGGAGUAUUCGUACGUCUAUCGACUGGGUAGUUUGUUGGUGUAG